AUGAUAUUAAUCACAUCUUUAAUAACAUUAAUAUAUGCAGCCUAUGAUGGAACAGAUUACUUGGAAGGUGAAGGGAAUUUUGGUGUUGAAUAAAAUUGGAUUAUGAAUUAGACAGAGGAAUAUAUGGAAACAGAAUUUGUUACUGAGGGGGAUGAAAAAGUAUGUUAAAUUAUGAAUUACUGAAAGUUCUUGAAAUUAAAGAAAAAGGCAGAAUCGGAACUAAGUUUCAAGGAUGGAUUCUAUCAUUUGUUUGAGGUAUCACAACCUUAGCAUAUUCGAUUUUUGUUUGCGUCUGGAAAUAAGGAGAUUGAGGACACCAACUUAAGAUUGAAGGAUACUGCCACUGAUAAGACUGCCAUUUCAUUUAGAUGUGGAUAUGCGGGGUUCGUCAGAGUGAAUGACAAUUAGAUGAUCACAUUUUAUAAUAGUUCAGUUUCAAGUGAUGCUAAAAUCAUUUGGACAUAAGCGGACAUCUUAUUGAAUUGGGAUACACAAGAAGUGUUGGUGUUUAUGAAUGAAUCAUAUAUGGGAUCUACCACUUUCUACCACUCAGAAGUAUGUUGAACAUAUUUAGAUAGGUGACCAAAGUGAAUGAAGUGAUGCUCUAUAAUUUAAAGCCAAACACUACAAGUUGGUGGAAGAAUAUUAAAAUAUGCAAAGAGAGAUGUGAUAAUUUCGAAUUUACUCAAAUAGUUGUGAUUUGCUUUGUAUUAUUCAUAUUAUUAUUGUGA